UACUAUUGUUACCUGUAUACUUUUUUUCUCUCUAUAUUUUUAACACAAAUACCAUCGCAUGGGCCGUUAUAUACCGUUUGUGAUGUUGAUCGUGAAAACGACACACACGGCAGCAUUGGCAGCGCUACGGCGAAGAGCCAAGCAGUGGAAAAGAUAGCUGUAAAGUGUUGCAAGGUAACAACUGUGUACAUUAGGAGUUGGAUAGCUGAAGAGUCUACGCGUGUUUUUAUUUUCGGUCUUUCGCUUAACGGUUUUACUCAAGAAUCCAAGAGAAUAUAAUACUUUGCUAUUUCCCCCAAAAAAAAAAAAAAUUUAUCGAGCAAGGUUUUUCCGUUUUUUUCAUGGACAUUGAGAAAAGAACUUUGAAUUUUUUAGAAAUUCAAUUGAUAAAAUUGUGCAAAAAAAAAACUCAACAGAUUUUUUUUUUGGUGCGAAUUAAUAACAACAACUACAAUCAACUUGACAGGAUUUAUCAACCUUAUGGGAUUAUUCAAGUUUUUAAGAUCAACUAAAUGAAGAUCACAUUGAACUCAAUCGAAAACAGUGCAGUUAACACAAAAUGUCAUUGUUCAAGUACUUUAAACUCAAAUCCAAUGUGUAACUGGUGAUAAACUUGGCAUUUUAUUCACAGAAGAAAAAAAAAACAAUUUGCCAGAGUAGAAGAAAGUGUAAGCAAAAACAAGUUAUUGAAAACAAAAUAACGAAAUAAAUAAACGACGACCACGAUAUUCUUAGAAGAAACUAUUCAAAUUUAGCUGAAACGCAAUAAAUAAACACUUUUCGACUGGUUAAGUGGCUUUCUAUCCCGAACUGUGGAUUAUUCAUUCUAUAUGGGGAUAUUGUGAUCAUUCCUAGUGUGUGAAUCAUUUAUUUGAUUAAACAAAAAAAAAGGGAAUUCGAACGAGAAACAGAUUAUAAAGAGACUUGGACCUAACAACCGAAAAAAAAAACGAACAUUUGAUUAAUAAUAAUCAUUGGUUUUUAUCUGAAGAAAACAAAAUAAACAGACGACAAAAUGCCGAAAAUAUUUUUGAUCAAGAAUCGCUUGCAUCAACAGCAGUUGAGAUUGCUCGAGUCACAGAAUUUGUUAGCCGCUAAAAAUGAUUUGGGGCUAGGCGAUCGUGACGAGGACGAUAGUCACAGUGGUGAUGGACAAAAUGAACCAUUGUCUUUGGUUUCACGCAACAGAGAUCGAGAUUACAAUGAUUCUGAUCGUGAUAUAUUCGGUGAAAACCAGACAGAACGUUCGAGUACAUCAUCGUUUUUGGCGUCGCUUCGACGCUCCACUGAAAAGCAGUCAAUAGAUCCAGAGCGACCUGCUCGUUUCAUUUCGUCCAUUUUGGGCGGUGGAAUUCCAUACGGUGCAAUUGGUCACGUUUUGACACAAGCUCAACGCAAAUCGUAUCCCAGCGCUUCAAACAAAUCCGACAAAGAGCGCAAUCCACCGAAAUUAAUCAAAGAAAAAGAAACAUUGCCCACAGAAGAAAUAAUUAAUUUGAAAACAAAACCGAAACCGUCACGAUCACCAUCGCCUGAACCAGUUGUUCGUUGUUCGGUGAUCAAACGCACACCAUCGUCCACAGAAAGUGCAUCCAAAUUGAUUUCGGCACACAGCCGAAGCAACAAAAAAGACACAGAAAUCAAAUUGCCGAAAGCAAUUGUUGAGCAUACAACACAUUCGGAGCCCGAACAAGAUCAACCGAUUGAUUAUCACAUUCCAAAGCGAAAAGACGAUUUAGUCGAUGAGAAGGAGAUGAAAUAUCGUUUAAUUAAGCGGACAAGUGCAAUAAUUUCGCGACCGAUUUACUCCAUAUGGAAUUCACAGGGUGAUCCGAAGAUAAUGUCAGCAGCAGCCGGACACGGACGAUCAAACGGCCAAAGCGGUUCAAACCAGGGUCAACAGAGUUCAAAUGGUGGCAGUAGCAAUGGCGGCGGCCUCAACUACGGUGGAAGUGGUUUGAGUGGAAAUAGUGGUGGUGUCGGUGGAAGUUUGAAUGGUGGCAACGAUGGAAAUGGUGGCCGAGACAAUCGUGAAAAUCGCUCAAAUUACGGUCCAAAUAGCCCACCGACCGGCUCAUUGCCGCCAUUUUAUGAAAGUCUUAAGAGCGGCAACGGUGGAAUUAACGCAUACAAUGCGGCAAACGCCAGUUUUCUGGCCCAAAAUGGCUACAACACAUUGAUGGCAUCGAACAUGAACAUGGACUGUGAUACGACUCAGGAGCAUUCAGGCAACAAUUAUUCAUCCGAACCGACGCCACCCAAUGCAGUCAAACAGUUUUCGAUGCUACACAAUGCCGCCUAUGGCCUUGUUCUGAAAGAUGAAAUCGAUGACGAUGCGAUGAAUAAUAUCAAUCAAAACAUGAUGUCGUCGAAUCAAAACUAUCCGUACGAUGUCAACGAUGGCAUGAUGGGAGAAAUGAACAAUGGCAAUGUGGAUCCAUUGCAAUUCACAGCAACGCUAACAUUCUCAUCACCGGCCGAACAUGCACUCCUUGACAGUUUAACUGAUGCCGUCGAUUUGAGCUCAUUUUUACAGCGCUUGCCAAACGAUGACCAAUCCAGUUCUGGCAAUGAUUUGGAAAUCUCAUCGACUCCCUCACUCACACCCGACUCAGUAUCGGUGAACAACAAUGAAAACAAUUGUCUGGAAUCAUUCCCAGACAUUGUGCUCAAUCGCAACUACGAUCGCGGCCAAUUCAAUCUACCGAACGGUCAUAGUCGAUUCCAUGAACAAAAUCAACCGCCGCCGUAUCAACAGAGCCGUGACAUUCAACAGAUGUUCCAUCAACAGCAUCAAGCCCAUCCGCAGCCAAUUCAAGCCAAUCAUCAAGGACAUCCACACCAUCAAGAGCAGUUAUCGAUUAGCUACGACAUGGAUUCGCACAGCAAUAUGUCAUUACCGUCACCCGGUUCGGUUGAGGCUCCCGAUGCCAAACCCAUCAUUCAAAGUGUAAGUGGGCCAGUCAAUGAAAUGGUUGCGAACGAAACCAAAAGACGGUUGGGAUUGCCACCAGAAGUGCAGCUGGAAUUUGUAAAUGGUGGUCAUGGUUUCAAGAAUCCAUUAGCCGUCGACAGUGUUCAAAAUCAUCGCCUCCGAACGAGUGAAGAGGAGAAAAAGCCAGCAACCGAAAACAAUGGGCCAAACGACGAGAAUAAAUUCCAAUGUCGGCAAUGUUCCAAAGCGUUUGGUUUGCAGCGGUUACUCAACCGACACAUGAAAUGUCACUCGGAUAUCAAGCGCUAUUUAUGUACCUUCUGCGGCAAAGGAUUCAAUGACACAUUCGAUUUGAAACGACACACGCGAACACACACUGGCGUUCGGCCAUACAAGUGCAACUUGUGCGAGAAAUCAUUCACACAGCGUUGCUCCUUGGAAUCGCACUGUCUCAAAGUGCAUGGCGUGCAACAUCAGUAUGCAUACAAAGAGCGUCGCACAAAGAUGUAUGUUUGCGAGGAAUGCGGUCACACAACCAACGAGCCAGAAGUUCAUUACUUACAUUUGAAAACCAACCACCCGUAUUCGCCGGCUCUGUUGAAAUUCUACGACAAACGUCAUUUCAAGUUCACGAACUCAACGUUUGCCAACAAUUUAUUGGGUCAAUUGCCGAUGCCAGUUCACAACUAAAAACUCACGCAUUCGGCCAAGGUCAACUUUUCCAUCAACGAACUUAUAAUCAAUAUUGGAUAAAAUCAAAACAAAAUCAAUCAGAUCGCUGGAUCAUAUCUUAUUUUUUGUUACACACAUACUUUUAUACUCAUCGAAAUUCAAUAAGAUUUCCAUUUCAUUUCAUUUCUUUCUUCUUUUUUUUUUCAAAUGAAAACUCGGCUCAUUUUUACAGCACAGCAAAUUAAUUUUUUGAAUAUAUUUUUUUGUCGUUAAGGAUUCUUUAAUAUUUAAUAUUAUAUAGCUCAAAACAUUCAUUCCAUUCAUUGUGGUAUAAUAAUUCAAACGAAAGAAGAAGAAGAAGAAGAAAGAAGAUUAUUUGCUCACAUUCUUUGGAUCAAGUGAAACAAAAGCACGUCAAAUAUAAAAAAGAAGAAGAUAAUUUAUUAAUUGAAAAGAACUGAUAUGCAUAUUUUAGAAACGAGUAAAAUUCAAACAAAUAACAAAUGAAUUUUUCACACACUUUUUUUGAAAAUGAACUUUUGUAACAACAACAACAAAAAAGUGAUGAAAAAUAAUUAAUAUCGAAAAUCUAUAACUCUUACUUUUCUACCUAAAAAAAAAAAAUAACGAAAUCCUUAAGGAAUCAUAUAACAUUGGAACAAUUCCUUGAUUUUUUUUAUAUCUCAUUUUAAGAAUAAAACAAACAACGUAAACAUUUAUACAUACUGUUUUAAAGAAAAAUUGAAAAGGAGAUCAAAACGACUGGUAAACUGAUUGAUUCGUUCUAACGAAUGAUGCGAAGAAAAUUACUACAUUUUACAAAGAUUAUUUUUUCUAUAUACAAAACUGAACAAAAAGAGAAAAUCCGCACAGGAUUUAUAUAUAUUAUGUUUGAAUUGAGAGAGAAAAAUUGUUGGUGAUUAAAUCUGGACAAAGUCCAUUAGCAUUCUAAAUUUUACACAUAAACUCAAAACAACGAAACAAAAAUUACAGUGGAAACAGAAAACGAACAUAAUUUCAGGCAAAAAUAAAUAAUUUGAAUAGUGAAUAGUUGAUCCAUUCAUUCAUUCAGAUUCGACAUCAAUCAGUAUUGAAACUCAAAACAAAGUAUCGGGUUUUUUGUGCAAUCUGGGUGAUGGUUAUUAACUGGGGAAUUUCAUUUAAUUAAUUAAAAUCGUUUUAUUUUUUAAAUCGUUACUAAUAAAAAUGGGGCGUUCAACAGCUGAACACCGUUCGAAUUAAGGCUACAAUUUUAAUUAGGUUUUACUGAAACACUAUUUAAGCUAGACGAUUAGUUGAAUACAAUAAAAGAUGAGAGAAUAUGAAAA